UGCAUUGGAUUUAAAUUAGGCUUCUUCUCCGUUAGUCUCGGACUCUUUCGCUUUACUAAGGCGAGGAUGGGCGUUUGUAGACUGCUCUGGAGCCUGAGUCACAUGGCCUAGUUUCUGCCCUCCUAUUGGUCCAAGGCACGUGUCUGGGAGGACGGUGGGAAAACGUCACUCGGGGGGCUCGUAUUGAAAAUAAGAACAAAACUCCAGAGUGAGAGUAUUAGAGCAUCAGUUUAGGAGCCUCUUUAUUUACCCUUAGUUUAGUUUAGGUGUAGGCAUUGCUGGGCACACCGAAAUCGGAUAACACGAAAUUGGACAGUGCGCAAAUGGCAAAUGUUUUAGCUCAACGAUAGUAAUCCGAGAUUGAGAGGAAUAUAUGUCAAAAAAGUAUGCUUUUCUCAGAGGACACUACCGCAAGGCUUUGCAUGGUGUCCAAGACACUCACUAGUAUUUGAGUUUUAUUUUUUUAUUUAUUUUACGCGUGCAGUUUUUUGCAGUCUAAUUUCCCCGAAGUUCUUGCGAAUUUCGCUGCUGCGGUGAGAGCGAUAAAGGGGUUAAAGAGAGUAAAGCGGAGAAAGUGAAUCAGUAUGGAAGAAAAUGAUCACGGCAACAGAAAUGUGGUGGAGCGGCAGGAGUCGGCGGAUGAAUCCAACAGAGCCAUCCUCCCCCUCUUGCAGGCGCCGGGGAACCUGCAGAUUCCUCACCGGGUCACCAAUUUCUUCAUCGACAACAUCCUGCGGCCGGAUUUCGGGCGGAAAAAGGACGGGAGCGCAAACCGAGAUGAGAGUAGCCCGGCAUCGCGGGAGAGCCACAAUAGCCCCGCCGCCCCUCAGACUGAGCCGGUGGGGAGCACGGUGCCGGCAGAGGGGACCUCCACUCCACACACGGUUACCGGGGCCAAGAAGCCCGCUAUAGCCGCCGAGGAGCCCCUGAAACCCCGCGGGGAGAAUGCAGACCAGUGCCUAAGCUCAGACUCAGACAGUUCCCAAGCCAGCUCAAACCCAGCCACGUCUCAGCAAAUGCUGUGGCCAGCCUGGGUGUACUGCACCAGAUACUCGGACAGGCCUUCUUCAGGGCCGAGAUCUCGCAAACCAAAGAAGAAAACGACCAGCAAAGAGGACAAGAGACCACGGACGGCCUUCACAGCAGAACAGCUGCAAAGACUAAAAUCGGAGUUUCAGACAAAUCGGUAUCUGACGGAGCAGAGGCGUCAGAACCUGGCGCAGGAACUGGGCCUGAACGAAUCCCAGAUCAAGAUCUGGUUUCAGAACAAAAGGGCCAAAAUCAAGAAGGCCAGCGGCACUAAAAACAGUCUGGCCUUGCACCUGAUGGCACAGGGACUGUACAAUCACGCCACCGUCACGUCGAAAGACGAAAAAUCAGACAGCGAUUGAUUUCCAGAGAAGUAAAAGCAGCCUCCUGACGAAAAAGAACCUAUAGUAAUCCUACGAUAGAUAUUUAUAGAGAUAUCACAUAAAAAAAAAACUCUACUUACAGGAAUAUUUAACGAUGCCACAGCAGAUAAAAUACUACAAAGCACUAUUACUCCAUGCUGACUCACCACACGUGCAGUGGGUCCAGGAUACCAUAAGAAAUACAAUAUAAGGAACAAUAACGUCACUACAACUACUAGGAAAAGUCCUUACAGGAUUUUCUUUAAAAACAGAUCUCUAUAGGCGCCUAUGGGAAUAUUAUGGUGACUUUUCGUUAUAUGGGAGGUGUAAUCAAGCCUACAAUGCAAUAAUUUCAUCGAAUAAAGGGCCAGUGUAUAGAGUAUACCAGCAUAAAUUGUUUAAAAAAAAUAACAAGAGAUAUUUCUGCAAUAUCACGUCUAUAAAAGAUGCUGUAUAAAGUUUUCAUUGUUUGUUGUUCACGCCCCUCACCCCCCCUACACACAAACACACAGGAGGCAAAUGCUCACACCCUUCAUUUUUCUACUCUGUAGGAUCCCUUGCUAUCCAUGAUGAUUGUCAUCCUUUUACACAACUGGCACUCGACGUUUCGAUCCGUCAGUGAGGUGAACGAACUUAAGUCCAAAGAAUAUUUUUCUGCUGCAUCCAGGCUACUGUGAAUUUAAAUAAAUGCUAACACGAGUUUA